AUGACUGAGAGUAGAUCCUCCAUCAGAAAUUUGGAGAUGCAAGUGGGGCAGUUGGGCAAUAUGUUGAAUACUAGGCCUGAAGGGAAUUUUCCUAGCAAUACCGUGGUGAAUCCUAAGGAGCAGUGUCAAGCUAUCACUUUGAGGAGCGGGAAAGAAAUUGAGGGUCCUUCUCUAAAAGGGACUCAAGAAAAAAAGGCAGAAGAAGAGGAGAGUUGUGAGAAAGUUGAGCCCCAAGUGGAGGAAAAGGUUACUGAAGGCCUUGCAACCAAAGAGAAGAUUCAACUGGUAGUUGUUGAUUCUAAUCUUCACAUUAACAUCCUAUUUGUUGAGGCUUUGGAGCAAAUGCCAAGUUAUGUGAAAUUCAUGAAAGAGAUUUUAUCAAAGAAACGGAGGUUGGAGGACUUUGAGACAGUAGCACUUACUGAAGAGUGGAAAUUUGAAUGCAAACAUGCUCUUUGUGAUCUUGGAGCAAGUAUCAAUCUCAUGCCUCUAUCUAUAUUUCGGAAGCUUGGUCUUGGUGAGGCAAAGCCUACUACUAUUACUCUUCAGCUUGCAGAUCGAUCAAUCAAGCACCCAAGGGGAGUUAUUGAAGAUGUGCUAGUCAAGGUAGAUAAGUUUAUUUUUCCAGCGGAUUUCAUUGUUCUAGUUAUGGAGGAAGAUGCAACCAUUCCCAUUAUUUUGGGAAGACCAUUCUUAGCCACAGGGAGAGCACUAAUUGAUGUACAAAAGGGGGAGUUGAAGCUGCGAGUGCAAAACGAAGAGGUAACAUUUAAUGUUUUUGAAGCAACUGAUAUUCCAACUUGUUGUAGAGUGGAUGUGGUAUGUAGUGGUGGUAGUAGUUUGGAAACCACCAAGAGAAAAACAAAUGCUAAAAUUUCUAGUUGA